UUACCUUGUUACCUUGUUACCUUGUUACUCUGUUACCUUGUUACUUUGUUACCUUGUUACUCUGUUACCUUGUUACCUUGUUACUCUGUUACUUUGUUACCUUGUUACCUUGUUACUCUGUUACCUUGUUACCUUGUUACUCUGUUACCUUGUUACCUUGUUACUCUGUUACCUUGUUACCUUGUUACCUUGUUACUCUGUUACCUUGUUACCUUGUUACCUUGUUACCUUGUUACUCUGUUACCUUGUUACCUUGUUACCUUGUUACUCUGUUACCUUGUUACUCUGUUACCUUGUUUGUUACCUUGUUACCUUGUUACCUUGUUACCUUGUUACUCUGUUACUUUGUUACUUUGUUACCUUGUUACUUUGUUACCUUGUUACCUUGUUACUUUGUUACUUUGUUACCUUGUUACCUUGUUACCUUGUUACCUUGUUACUCUGUUACCUUGUUACCUUGUUACUCUGUUACCUUGUUACUCUGUUACCUUGUUACCUUGUUACUCUGUUACCUUGUUACUCUGUUACCUUGUUACCUUGUUACUCUGUUACCUUGUUACUCUGUUACCUUGUUACCUUGUUACCUUGUUACUCUGUUACUUUGUUACCUUGUUACCUUGUUACUCUGUUACUUUGUUACCUUGUUACUCUGUUACCUUGUUACCUUGUUACCUUGUUACUCUGUUACCUUGUUACCUUGUUACCUUGUUACUCUGUUACCUUGUUACCCUGUUACCUUGUUACUCUGUUACCUUGUUACCCUGUUACCUUGUUACUCUGUUACCUUGUUACCUUGUUACUCUGUUACCUUGUUACUCUGUUACCUUGUUACCUUGUUACCUUGUUACUCUGUUACUCUGUUACCUUGUUACUGUUACCUUGUUACUCUGUUACCUUGUUACCUUGUUACUCUGUUACCUUGUUACCUUGUUACCUUGUUACUCUGUUACUCUGUUACCUUGUUACCUUGUUACUCUGUUACCUUGUUACCUUGUUACUCUGUUACCUUGUUACCUUGUUACUCUGUUACCUUGUUACCUUGUUACCUUGUUACUCUGUUUCCUUGUUACUCUGUUACCUUGUUACUCUGUUACCUUGUUACUCUGUUACUCUGUUACUCUGUUACCUUGUUACCUUGUUACUCUGUUACCUUGUUACCUUGUUACUUUGUUACUCUCUUACUUUGUUACCUUGUUACCUUGUUACCUUGUUACUCUGUUACCUUGUUACUCUGUUAUCUUGUUACUCUGUUACCUUGUUACCUUGUUACCUUGUUACUCUGUUACCUUGUUACCUUGUUACUCUGUUACCUUGUUACCUUGUUACUCUGUUACCUUGUUACCUUGUUACUCUGUUACCUUGUUACCUUGUUACCUUGUUACUCUGUUACCUUGUUACUCUGUUACCUUGUUACUCUGUUACCUUGUUACUCUGUUACCUUGUUACUCUGUUACUCUGUUACCUUGUUACCUUGUUACUCUGUUACCUUGUUACCUUGUUAGUUUGUUACUCUGUUACCUUGUUACCUUGUUACUCUGUUACCUUGUUACCUUGUUAGUUUGUUACUCUGUUACCUUGUUACCUUGUUACUCUGUUACCCUGUUACUCUGUUACCUUGUUACCUUGUUACUCUGUUACAUUUUUAUCCUGUUACCUUGUUACCGUGUUACUCUGUUACCUUGUUACCUUGUUACACUGUUACCUUGUUACCUUGUUACUCUGUUACCUUGUUACUCUGUUACCUUGUUACGUUGUUACUCUGUUACAUUUUUAUCUUGUUACCUUGUUACCGUGUUACUCUGUUACCUUGUUCCCUUGUUACCUUGUUAUCUUGUUACCUUGUUACCUUGUUACUCUGUUACCUUGUUACCUUGUUACCUUGUUACUCUGUUACUCUGUUACUCUGUUACCUUGUUACCUUGUUACCUUGUUACCAUGUUACCUUGUUACCUUGAUACCUUGUUACCUUGUUACUCUGUUACCUUGUUACUCUGGUAACUUGUUACCUUGUUACUCUGUUACCUUGUUACUCUCUUACUCUGUUACCUUGUUACCUUGUUACUCUGUUACCUUGUUACUCUGUUACUCUGUUACCUUGUUACCUUGUUACUCUGUUACCUAGUUACCUUGUGACCUUGUUACCUUGUUACCUUGUUACUCUGUUACCUUGUUACCUUGUUACUCUGUUACCUUGUUACCUUGUUACUCUGUUACCUUGUUACCUUGUUACUCUGUUACCUUGUUACAUUGUUACUCUGUUACCUUGUUACUCUGUUACCUUGUUACCUUGUUACACUGUUACCUUGUUACUCUGUUAG